UUGCGUAAAAAUAACAACAACACUCUAGGACUGUCGGGCCCCGAAAAUUCUCUUCCCAAGUUCACUCACUGACCAGCCCAACCAGAGUAAAAGUCGGUGAAAAUGAGACUUACGGUUUUCGCGCUCGCAUCGGUGAAAAUUUUUCCGCCGAUGGGUGGUUCAGUUUUGCGAGAGUUAUCUUGUGCGGUAGAUCAACGCGGUUGACGUAGAAAAGGAGAAAUAGGUGAAAAUCAGUGAAAAUUGAUUGAUCGAAAAACGCACUGGGUUUAUUGAAGGAGGGUCGAGAAAAAGUGCAUAAUACACAGAUGACGGAUAGCAGGAAAUUCUCUGCUGGAUGGAAACUCGACGUUGAUGAUAAAGCUUGCUACAUCGACAUUGAGCAUGACGAAGACGAGGACGAGGGCACCGAGAAGGACCACGACGGAACCGAGCACGGAACCAGCAGGGGACGGAACGGGGCCGGUGAUGAGCUUGCUAACGGCCAGCAGUCACAGUGGUGUGAUUUACCGGAUCACAUCAUGGAGCGUAUCUUUGCACACCUGAGCAUCCGAGAGCGGUACUACGCUAGCCUGACAUGCUUCAGCUGGUACCAGGCCUUCUCGCUGCCCAACGUGUGGUCCAAUUUUAUGGUGGAGGACGAAACGCUCUCGCGGCUCAAGUACAACUACUACUCCGGCUGGCAGCCGGUGUUGGAUCACGCCCGCACUCAGAACUGUCUGCUCUCGGUGGGGCAGCUUUUCCGUGGGCUGGACUUUCGCCCGCUGUUCUCGUUCAACAACAUGUUCCAAUUUAUGACGCUGAUCUCGUGGGCCAUCGAGCAAAACCAAAAGGCCAAAGUCCCCCGAGAAUGGCGAGGCUGUGGAUUGAAAAUAAAAUCCCUAAAUUACAUCUUCCCCUGCAACAUGGCCUCCAGUGAGGACCCGGAAUCGAUAAAACUGUUCGGGACGGGUGGGCAGCUGCUGGCCUCUCUGAAGAGAUUAAUGCAUAAUUUGCCCAACUUGCAAACGCUGAAAUUGGUCGAUUUGAUGCUGGAGCGAUACGAAGCCAACCACCUGCUGGACGAGGUGCUAGAUGCGUGCUGUUUGGUGCUCCGACGGCUGCACCUGAUCAACGUGACCAUGGUGCACUGUCCGGUGAUGCAUGCUGCUUUGUUUCUGAAUCUACAGGUGCUGGUGAUAUCGCCGCAAAACAUCGACGACGACGUCUUGACGCUGCUGGCCGAUUCGAAGGUACGGCACCUGUACCUGCUGCAGAACCGGUACACUCCGGCGGCUAUCUCGAUCAGCCCCGGCACGGUCAAAGGCUGGCGGAUGGUACGCCGUGAUAAUCCAAAUUUACGGGUCCAUCUACGCGUCGAGUCAACAAGUGCCGGCGAAAUUCUGCUCCAACCGGAAGCCCCCGUGCACAGUAUGAUUUAUCAGUCGCCCAAAACAAUGAUUACUUCGGAUAAGCUGCUCGCUGCAGUUGAUGCUUACAAAUUUACGCUGGCCGUGUACGGGCACGAGACGCUGCCAGAUUUUAGCAGUCCCGUCGACUUUCAGGAUCGGAUCGAUAGCUUGCUGGUGCUGAUGGCUAGGUCGUGCCCAGAGUUGAGUGUGCUGAUGAUCCGCGAACGAAUCUCAACGGCUACUCUUUUGCUGAUUGCCCGUACGGCACAGAACCUUCGUCAGCUGUACGUCCGUCGGAAUCAGCUUGUGGAGGAAUGCGAUUGGCCCCAGAAUCCCGAAUGGACCGAUGAAUUCUUCCAGUGGCUUAUAUCGGCAUCUCAAACCAUCGAAUCCACCGAGAAGGAAAUUUCUCAAAUUCUGCAAACCGACUGGAAAUCCCUCAGUGAUGAAAAUUUUCAGAAAACCUCCCUCAUCAAGCACGUGGAUUAUUGAAUUAAAUUUACCUCAAUUCUCGCAAAAAAAAAAUAAGAAUGCUUCAAAGAAAAUCCUCAAAUAAAAACGGAACAAUAAAGAUGAAGUACCAUCCGCCCACUCAA